GCUGAUACCCGUUAUAGUAUUAAAGACGUGCACGAGUGAGUUGAUGACUGUUUGGCGACGUGUUGCACAGGAGAAGCGGUGGAGCAGGGGACCUACAAUACAACACACAGUUGUAAUGUGAAGUUGUAUAUAUCGACGAUUUGUAAUUUUACGGUACGUCACCAAACAAUGAGGUCUGAUUGAAUCAUUGCAUAAAUAGUCCAUUAUUCUGAGGACGCAAAAUCCGUUUACAGAACUGUGGUGCAGAGACGCGUCAUAGCACGGACAGUGUUUGGUAAGAUUUACAAUUUCGCCAUGUCUUUUCCCCCUACACAGUAAUUGACGCCUGCGGCUGAACUGUUUCUCAUUAGCACGAGGAACGUGUUCUGCGCUUGGCACCCCAAGCGGAGUGAACCGGCAGCAAGACAUCUGCUGAGCAUUCUUCAGCCCAGCGCGCAGGUCAGCGCAACUACUCACCCGAGCCGCCGGUCAGCUGUGAAAGAGCACACAUUAUCACACGCGCGCACAGUACAGACAUCCCCUGCCUGUCCAUCGGGGAACCGGACAAGCUAAAUAGUCUUUGUAAAACUUUUUAAAGACUUUUUUUCACUGCGCGUAAAAGUGUUUUGGAUAGCAUCAAUGGGAAUAGGAACGUGCAGAAUGGAGGCUCACGGACUGCUGGCAAAACUGCUUAUUUUGCUUUCAGCAUUACAAUGGCACCUCACCCACUCAUCAGAAAUGCAAGUGAUUGACGUGCUGAAGCUGCAGGACUCUAAGCAGACAGCCACGGCGGUGGAGAGUAUGGUGGGCGCUCUGGGCUCCGCCUCUGACCUCUACCUGACCUCCAGCUUCCGCCUGCCUGCCAAGAUGGGCGGGAUGCUGAUGGGCGUCUAUGACAAGAAAGACAACAGGAAGUACCUGGAGAUGGCCCUCGUGGGCAAGGUCAACAAACUUCUGGUGCGGUACGUGCGUGCAGAUGGGAGAAUCCACACGGUGAACCUGCAGAACCCCACCCUGGCUGACGGGCGCACCCAGUCAAUCAUCCUGCGAGUGGGCGGCCUCCGCCGGAGCAACCUCUUCCUGGAGCUCUACGUCAACUGCCGAUUGGCUGACUCGGCUCAGGGCUUGCCCUUAUUGUCUGGGCUGCCAGAGGAUGUGGAGACAAUGGAAUUCCGUCACGGGCAGAAGUUAUAUACUAGACUACAGGGCUCACUAGAUUCUCUCAAGCUGGCUCUUGGUGGCUCUCUGGCCAAAGCAGGAGUUCUCAUUGACUGUCCAUUCCAGGGAGAUUCCUCUGUGGAGAAUGCAGUGAGCAGUGAUGUAAAUGCUAUCUUAGGCGAUCACACCAAGGCUCUGAUUGGUCAGCUUAUUAUCUUCAACCAGAUCAUGGGGGAAUUAAGGGAAGACAUUCGAGAACAGACCAAAGAGAUGUCCCUGAUCAGGAAUACUAUCCUGGAAUGCCAAGCAUGUGGUUUCCUUGAGCCCCAUUCCCGCUGCCAGCCCAACCCCUGCUAUAGAGACGCGCCCUGCAUGGAGAGCCUGGAGUACCCAGGGUACCGCUGCGGGCCCUGCCCCGAGGGCAUGACCGGGAAUGGCACUCACUGCCAGGACAUAGACGAGUGUGGCCUGGCCCAGCCCUGCUUCUCUGCAGCGGGGUGUGUGAACACAGCAAGGGGUUUCUCCUGUGAGCCGUGUCCCAAGGGCUCCUCCGGGCCUGUGGUCAGUGGCGUCGGCGUGGAGUACGCCAACCGCCACAAGCAGGCGUGUGUUGACAUUGAUGAGUGUGCUGACCUCUCCAGCACAUGUGUGCCCAACUCUGUGUGCUCCAACACAAUGGGCUCAUUCACGUGUGGGGCGUGUAAAGCUGGGUUCACGGGCAACCAGACGGUGGGCUGUUUCGUGCGGCGGACCUGCGAUUUCCUGGGCUACAACCCGUGCGACGUGAACGGCCACUGCGUGAUGGAGCGCGGCGGAGAAGUGUCAUGUGAGUGUAAUGUGGGAUGGGCAGGAAAUGGACAUAUCUGUGCUCCAGACUCUGACAUCGAUGGGUACCCUGACGAGUCUCUGCCCUGCAUUGACAAUGAUAAGCACUGUCGAGCGGAUAACUGUGUCAACACCCCCAACUCAGGGCAGGAGGAUGCAGAUGGCGAUGGCAUUGGCGAUCAGUGCGACGAGGACGCAGACGGAGACGGCAUCAAAAACGUUGAGGAUAACUGUCGACUGGUGCCAAAUAAAGACCAGCAGAACUCAGACACAGACUCCUUUGGGGAUGCCUGUGACAACUGCCCCAACGUGCCCAAUGGAUACCAGCUGGACACUGACAACAAUGGGAAGGGGGACACGUGUGACAAUGACAUUGACGGAGAUGGCAUUCCUAACAUGUUAGACAACUGUCCCAAAAUCCCCAACCCCAUGCAGACAGAUCGGGAUGGUGACGGAGUCGGAGAUGCUUGUGAUAACUGUCCAGAGGCCAAUGAUCCACUGCAGUCAGACUCAGAUGAUGACUUGGUGGGUGAUGUAUGUGACACAGAUCAGGACAGGGAUGGUGAUGGUCAUCAGGACACCAGGGACAACUGCCCAGACGUCCCCAACAGCUCCCAGGUGGACUCAGAUAAUGAUGGCAUCGGUGAUGAGUGCGAUGAAGAUGAUGACAAUGACGGCAUUCCAGAUACCCAGCCCCCUGGUCCAGAUAACUGCCGCCUGAUUCCCAACCCUAGUCAGAUAGACUCUGAUGGCAAUGGAGUGGGUGACGUAUGUGAGACGGACUUCGACAAUGACAAAGUGCUGGACCUGUACGAUGUGUGUCCAGAGAACGCUGAGGUCACCAUGACUGACUUCAGGGCUUAUCAGACAGUCAUCCUGGACCCAGAGGGCGAAGCCCAGAUCGACCCCAGCUGGGUGGUACUCAACCAGGGCAUGGAGAUUGUGCAGACCAUGAACAGUGACCCUGGGCUGGCUGUGGGUUACACAGCCUUUAACGGCGUCGACUUUGAGGGCACGUUCCACGUCAACACGGUCACAGACGAUGACUAUGUCGGCUUCAUCUUCGGGUACCAGGACUCGUCCAGCUUCUAUGUGGUGAUGUGGAAGCAGACAGAACAGACCUACUGGCAGUCUCUGCCCUUCAGAGCCUCAGCGGAGCCGGGCCUGCAGCUCAAAGCAGUGAAGUCAAGCACAGGCCCUGGUGAGUAUCUGCGUAAUGCGCUGUGGCACACUGGCAGCACCCCAGAUGAAGUGACCCUGCUCUGGAAAGACCCCCGAAAUGUUGGCUGGAGGGACCGCACCUCCUACCGCUGGCAUCUCCGCCACCGCCCUCAGGUGGGCUACAUCAGAGUCCAGCUCUUUGAAGGCACCUCCCUUGUGGCCGACUCUGGCGUGGUGAUUGACACCUCCAUGAGGGGUGGCCGUCUGGGAGUCUUCUGCUUCUCACAAGAAAACAUCAUCUGGUCCAAUCUGCGCUACCGCUGCAAUGAUACCAUACCAGAUGAGUUUGAGUACCACCAGAAGCAAAUGAACCUUAGGAUGGGUGUGUAGUAUGUGACGUUUUCUUGAAGACCUCUUCAUAUCAUAUAUGUCUCUUUUGAUUUCUUUGUGUGUUUUGAGUGUGUGUGUGUGUGUGUGUGUGUGUGU